UUCUGCUAUUUAACACACUUACAAAACAUUUACACCGCUUUUCGUGUAAGUUUACUUUAGUUUAAACUAGAGGCAGGAUUUAUUUUUCUACUGAAAACAGCACCAGAGUCAGUCUCUGCGGCUUAGGUGUCAUAAGCUGGUUCGCUUGUGUUGUUUCUGUUUGUAUAUUAACACCACUGGACAGCCAAUUAGUUAAACGAAACCAUUUAGGUACAACUAACUGAUCCGUUGCAGUCUCAAAAUAUGCAUUUAACCGCCCCUGUACACACAAGCUUUAGCCUACAUUUUAACCGUACGUUUUGGGUGACUCUCAUUUGAAUCGCUUCGUUCAUAAGCUCAUCAGUGGAGUGAUUCAGCAGUCAUGGGUGGGGAUCACGGACAUGGCAAAUUGUCCAUGCCAGACUACAAAGUGUGGAAAUGGGAAGGAACGCCACUGGAAAUGACCCAGCAGAGGCUUGCUCGAAGAGGACUCUGGGAUCCCUGGGCUCGGAAUGAGGCGUGGAGAUAUACGGGCAGCUUUGGCGUCCCAGUUACCUUCCGAGACGUUCUCCUCCGUGGAUUUAAGACAGGAUUCGCAGCAUUUGCAGUGGCACUGGCAGUGGAGUAUGCGUUCUUCCCUCCAAAGAAGUCAGAGCACUAAUAGCGUGGCUAAAGCUCAGUAGAGCCAGUCGCUGCCGGACUCUGUGUUUGCUGCAGGUUUUAAGCCUGUUGUUGUCUAUCCAUGAAGACGUUAGCCCAUGAAAGGCUUCCUAAUACCUGUGCUCAUUCAUGGUUAUGUUUCCUUUCACCAUUCUGUAAAAUAAAUAUAAAUUAAU